AUGAGCUGCAGGGGAAUCUCGCCGUCCGUCCUCUUGCCUCCGUUCCUCUACAAGCCCACGGCCUUCCGCCUCCUGCAGCCACAGCCAGAGCAGUCCUCUGUGGUCUUGGACAGAACCAGAGGACUCUUAUUUCAACACAGCUGUAGACCGCCUGUGUUGCCUCAAGCGAUGCUGCUUCCUCGGCACUACUACACCGCCCCAUGGCAUGGUCCGAUCCAAGGGCGUCUGUUCCACAACAUCAUCAAGCACAUUAAUCGACCGCCUGCAUUAGCACAAGCGACACUGCUUUCUCGGCCCUACCGGACGGUGCCAUGGCAUGGGGAGGUCUUGGCCUCAACUCAUCGACGCCUCUUCAGCCGUAUUUUGCCUCACAAUAGUCGAUUGCCUGCGUUAGCACGGGGGGCACUGCUACCUAGGUGUUUCUACACCACCACACGGCAAUUCAAGGACAUGGAAUCUAUCCGAAGACUCCUUUUUCGAGGCAUUACACCUGGCAUCUUUCUUCCUCGGUGGUACUUCAGUGCUCCAUUGCAGCAACAGCAGAUUUUGGGACCCAUCCGAGGACUCUUCUUCGGUCAUAUUCGUCAAGUUGUAUGUCGGCCUUGGCAGUAUUGCGUGGCCCCAUCGAGAUCGGCGAUCCAUUUUGCUCGUAGCUACUUUGGAUGUUUGUGGAAGGUCACAGUGGCUGCAGCUUUUAUCAACAUUAUGUGGUCGUUUGUCUACCACACUUAUCUUGUUCGUGUCCCAUACACCAGCCAAACUCGUUUCUUACGCUUUGAGACUGUGCCUUAUACCAACCGGAUCCACUUUGUCGUUCGCUCUCCUCUAGAUGACCGCGAGUAUGGCGAGUCAUGUUUUUCUAUGUUCAAGAGGAAUUACCCAUCCACGUUCUUUAGCCCGCUCCACCCCGACAGUGUACGUGUCAAUCUUAUCACAGCGAAACUUGUUCGCGCCGUUCAACGUGGCCUUGAUAUCAAGGGUUCUGAUGCGGCCUUGGUCCAUGGCUCCCCUGGCAAAGACGCGAGCUUAGAUGGUAGGCAUGCAGUUGAGAGCAAUAAACAGGGCAAGUCAUGCAGAUCACAGCCACAGAUAACUCACCUUGAUGGUCUUGACUUGGAGGUGUUUGUUAUGAAAAAUGAUAAGCAUAUGGGUGCAGUGUCAUGGUCCAAUGGCAAAAUUUUAGUGUUCACUGGAUUGCUCAAUAAUUUGGAGACUGAUGCCGAAAUUGCUACUAUUCUUGCACAUGAGAUUGCACAUUUGGUUGCCAGACACUGGUCAGAGUUAAUUAUAUAUAAGAAGUGGUUUCCUUAUCCUCUCAAGGUGUACUUCGUACGAAGGAUCGAGAGAGAGGCAGAUCGCAUGGGAAUGCUGAUAAUGGCUGCUGCUGGUUUCGAUCCACACAUAGCCCCUAAGACCGUUGAGAAGCUAGCUGGGAAUGACAUAUAUCAUCCUUCGGGGAAGAAAAGAGCACAGCUUUUAUCUAAAGCAAAUAUCAUGGAUGAGGCGCUGGAAUUAUAUAGAGAAGUUAUGCUGGCCAAGGCGCCAUAA